UGCUCCUCGGCCUACCCUUCCUCCUCGCCCUCCUCCUCCUCUCGCCGUGGCUCCUCCUCGCCGCCGCCGCCGCCUACGCCUACCUCCGCCUCCCCCGCCUGCUCGGCUGGGUCGCCUCUCACCUCAUCACGAGGCUGGGCAUGUUCGGGUACCCGUUCCGCAUCCACUCCCUCCACCUGUCGCCUUGGGUCGACUUCCGCGCCUCGAGCGCGGCGCAGGCGAGGCACCACGCGGCCAAGGGUGAGCGUGGCAGUGUGGACGACUGCAAGGCCGAGCAGGCGCGCGGCCCGUGGCUCCGGCUGCAGCUGCACGUCGAGGGCGUCGAGCUCGCCAACCCGCCGUCGCUGCACUGUGCGCACAAGGACUUCCUCAAGGCGGGCUCCGUCGACACACUUGUCACCCUCGACCUCUCCUUCCUCGGCACGCUGCUACGGACCGGCAAGCUCUCUCCGGCACACGUGGUCUUCGAGUCGUUUGACGUGAAGCGCGCCCAGAUCUUCUUUGAGCUCAAGGCGGGAGAGCUAAACAUCAACGGGCUGGUGCGCGAGCUCGCCGAGCGGGAGGUGUGCGCCGCCCUCGCCGCGAGAGGGAAGUGUCUCGGACUCUUCCCGCGCCCGUGCCAAGCGCCGACGCCGCCGACGCCCAACCUGCUCCGGCUGCGCAUCGGGGCGGUGCGGGGUCUGAGGAAGCUGCGGGGGACGCGGCCCUUCGUGGCUGUCAAAGUGCGCGGCACAGAGCUGGUCACUUCCGUCGGCUCUCUGGCAGCGCAGCACGCCCGCGGCGGCGGCAGCGGCGGCAGCAAGGGGAGCGGCCACAGCGAGGGCGAGGCGCAGGAGUGGCUCUUCGAUGACGAGGUGCUGCUCCGCCUCUCCGACCCAUCCGCCGUCGUGCACGUCUGCGUGUACUGCCGCCGGAAGGGGACGGCCGAGUUCGACGCGCGCUCGCGGCGGCUGCUUGGGCAGUGGGUCUGUGACAGAGCCAGACACCCCGCCAUUAGCUGUGCAGGGCGCUGCCUCCGAGCCGGUCCUUGUGAGCAGGUCGUGACGGCCAAGUACCUCGUCACUUGCCCGCGCCACUGCAAGCACAUGCCCCCGCUCUCCGUCGGCCGAGACGGGGCCCUCUCCGGCACCUUCCUGCUCGCCGACAAGCGGCUUCGCGGGUCGGCGGCGCCUCGCCGCACGGCAAUGGCCCAGCUGCAGGAGAACUCCGCCGAGACGGCGCUGCGGAUGGGAAACGUGGCCGAGCUGCGCGGCGUGCUGGGCAGGCUGCCGCUCCGACUCUCUUGCGGCGCAGACGUGUCCAUCAAGGACCUCUUCACCGGGUACAAGGGCGACGUCGAGCGAGACCUGCGCCGGUACGGCCAGGCCGAGGCGGCGGAGCUCGGGGAGCGGCUGCUCUUCGACCAGUUGGUGCCGCAGGCGCUCAAGGAGGUGUUCGGGACGAGUCUCGGCGGGCAGGCCAUCGGCAGCAUCAUGGCGGGGCUCGGCGCUCUUUCUCCCGCCCGGCCCCAAGCGACCCGGCGGCGGGCGCCGUCCCGGCUCACACUCCGCCGAUGGGCUUCCUCCUCCGCAGGCUUCGAGCGGUCGGUGCAGGCUGCACGCAAGGGAGCCGCAGUCGCCUCGACCGAUCCUGCGCCGCCGCCCGUUGGCGCGGGAGCGCCGAGCGGCGAGACGCCUCUGGCGGCGGCGACGGCCGGCGCGAAUCUUCUCGCCGAGGCCGCCCUGGCGACGCAGAAGCAGGUGGCGGCGGCGGCGGGGCCACUCGGGCCGAAGUGGAAGCUUGCAUCCUCGGGCGCAAAGUCUUCCGACGCCAGCGCCGGCGCCGGCGCCAGUGCAGGCGCUAGCGGCAGCGCGGGAGGAUCUGCCGGGGGCGGCAAGCCCGCGUCGGCGGCUGGUUGA